UGCAUAUCAGCUUCCUAGGCGUUAUAUACGCUCCCUACCCUCUCUCUCUUGUAGAAGCUCACGGCCGGCUUAAUGAGCAACACCCAAACGGCAGCGGUGGCGGUGGGGGCAUCAGUAAACAGAGAAGGAAUGAAGGGAGCAUUAGGUGAAGGACUGACCCUUGAAGAGCUCAAGGAAAAAAUGGCACUUUUUGCAAAGGAAAGAGACUGGGAUCAGUUCCAUAGCCCCAGAAAUCUGCUUUUGGCACUGGUGGGUGAAGUGGGAGAAUUGUCUGAGAUCUUUCAGUGGAAAGGUGAGGUCCCAAUAGGCUUACCUGAUUGGGAAGAACAAGAAAAAUUACACUUGGGUGAAGAAUUAUCAGAUGUUCUUCUUUACCUUGUUAGGCUAUCAGACAUUUGUGGCAUUGAUCUUAGUAAAGCUGCACUUAGAAAGAUUGAACUCAAUGCAAUAAAAUACCCCAUCAGCCUUUGCAAAGGCUCUUCUCAAAAGCAUAACCAAAUCAAGACCAGUACUGAAACUGCCCUCAACGCCGCUGCCACCGAUGCCACCACCAGCAAUGAAAAUGGUGGUUUAUGAUCUUAUUAGUAGCGUUCUUGUCUUUGUUAUAUUUAUAUUUUGGGGUCUUUUCAGCCUUCCAUUGUAUUUGUCUUUUUAGACAUAAACUCCUGUAGUGGAUUCAUUAUCAUCUAAGGUGGAGAAGGGCACAGUAUAAAGUGUGAUGCUUUGUCUUGUACAAUGUAGGCAAAGUAUGACAUAUGACCCAUAUCAUGUGACUAAAUUGGUUUGUGUAUCAUAUGUGCAAAUAAGGAUUGGUUUUGCAUGAGCUCCAUCCUGGGUGGUAUGCUU